CCCUCCCCCCUCCUCCCCUCUGGUUGGAAAGUUUCUAGAAUCUCUUCCCAGCGGCCUUUGCGGUUCCAACAUGGCGGAGCUGACGGUGGAGGUUCGCGGCUCCAACGGGGCUUUCUACAAGGGAUUUAUCAAAGAUGUUCAUGAAGACUCCCUUACAGUUGUUUUUGAGAACAAUUGGCAGCCAGAACGCCAGGUUCCAUUCAAUGAAGUUAGAUUACCACCACCACCUGAUAUAAAAAAAGAAAUUAGUGAAGGAGAUGAAGUAGAGGUAUAUUCAAGAGCAAAUGAUCAAGAACCAUGUGGAUGGUGGUUGGCUAAAGUUCGAAUGAUGAAAGGAGAAUUUUAUGUCAUUGAAUAUGCUGCUUGUGAUGCCACUUACAAUGAAAUAGUCACAUUUGAACGACUUCGGCCUGUCAAUCAAAAUAAAACUGUCAAAAAAAAUACCUUCUUUAAAUGCACAGUGGAUGUUCCUGAGGAUUUGAGAGAGGCGUGUGCUAAUGAAAAUGCACAUAAAGAUUUUAAGAAAGCAGUAGGAGCAUGCAGAAUUUUUUACCAUCCAGAAACAACACAGCUAAUGAUACUGUCUGCCAGUGAAGCAACUGUGAAGAGAGUAAAUAUUUUGAGUGACAUGCAUUUGCGAAGUAUUCGUACAAAAUUGAUGCUUAUGUCCAGAAAUGAAGAGGCCACUAAGCAUUUAGAAUGCACAAAGCAACUUGCAGCGGCUUUUCAUGAGGAAUUUGUUGUGAGAGAAGAUUUGAUGGGCCUGGCGAUAGGAACACAUGGUAGUAAUAUACAGCAAGCUAGAAAGGUUCCUGGAGUUACAGCUAUUGAGCUAGAUGAAGAUACUGGAACAUUUAGAAUCUACGGAGAGAGUGCUGAUGCUGUAAAAAAGGCUAGAGGUUUCUUGGAAUUUGUGGAGGAUUUUAUUCAGGUUCCUAGGAAUCUUGUUGGAAAAGUAAUUGGGAAAAAUGGCAAAGUUAUUCAAGAAAUAGUAGACAAAUCUGGUGUGGUUCGGGUGAGAAUUGAAGGAGACAAUGAAAAUAAACUACCUAGAGAAGAUGGAAUGGUUCCAUUUGUAUUUGUUGGCACUAAAGAAAGCAUUGGAAAUGUGCAAGUGCUUUUAGAGUAUCAUAUUGCUUAUCUAAAGGAAGUAGAACAGCUAAGAAUGGAACGACUACAGAUUGAUGAACAGCUUCGACAGAUUGGUAUGGGUUUCAGACCUUCUUCCACCAGAGGGCCUGAAAAAGAGAAAGGAUAUGCCACUGAUGAAAGUACCGUCUCUUCUGUACAAGGUUCUAGGUCUUAUAGUGGAAGAGGCAGAGGUCGUCGGGGCCCUAAUUACACCUCCGGUUAUGGUACAAACUCUGAGCUGUCUAACCCAUCUGAAACUGAAUCUGAGCGUAAAGAUGAGCUGAGUGAUUGGUCACUGGCAGGAGAAGAUGACCGAGAGAGUCGGCAUCAGCGUGACAGCAGGAGACGCCCAGGAGGAAGAGGCAGAAGUGUUUCAGGGGGUCGAGGUCGUGGUGGACCACGUGGUGGCAAAUCUUCCAUCAGUUCUGUGCUCAAAGAUCCAGACAGCAAUCCAUACAGCUUACUUGAUAAUACAGAAUCAGAUCAGACUGCAGACACUGAUGCCAGCGAAUCUCAUCACAGUACUAACCGUCGUAGGCGGUCUCGUAGACGAAGGACUGAUGAAGAUGCUGUUCUGAUGGAUGGGAUGACUGAAUCCGAUACAGCUUCAGUUAAUGAAAAUGGGCUAGAUGAUAGUGAAAAAAAACCCCAGCGACGCAAUCGUAGCCGCAGGCGUCGUUUCAGGGGUCAGGCAGAAGAUAGACAGCCAGUCACAGUUGCAGAUUAUAUUUCUAGAGCUGAGUCUCAGAGCAGACAAAGAAACCUCCCAAGGGAAACUUUGGCUAAAAACAAGAAAGAAAUGGCAAAAGAUGUGAUUGAAGAGCAUGGUCCUUCAGAAAAGGCAAUAAAUGGCCCAACUAGUGCUUCUGGCGAUGAAAUUUCUAAGCUACAGCGUACUCCAGGAGAAGAAAAGAUUAAUACCUUAAAAGAAGAAAAUACUCAAGAUGCAGCAGUCCUGAAUGGUGUUUCAUAAACUGAAGAAGUUCCUAGUUUACAGUUCUUUACAUUACAUUUUACAAUAGUGCUUGUACAAGCUUGCCAAAGAUAGAAUAUGGAUCGCCAGUCUUUCCAUCGCACUUUCAGUUCCUCCAUUUGGAAUUCAGAAAGGGGAGGGAUCCUGAAGAAAUCAUAUGUUAAACAUACUUUGACACCUACUGUGUUAUAUAUCAUCAGAUGUGCCUUGAGAAUAGUAUAUGUAACAUUAAAAAAAGUUGCUGGCUAUAGGAAAUGUUAUUUUGUUUUCAAAAUAUGGCAGAGAUGGGGGGGAGGUGGGUGGGGUGGGAUCCCUAACCUAAUAUUCUUUAUGAAAGCAUUAGCUGCUUUUGUUACAUUUUUAAUAAUAUGCAACCACUUCUUCACCUGAGGAAAACUAGAAUGAAAUGCAGUCUAAGAUAUUUUGCACUGAAUUGUAAUUUCUUCAUUAGUUUUAGUCUGGAAACUGGUCUGUUUUAAUGUGUUUUUAAAAUGCUGUAUUGUAGAGGAAAAUCUGCAGACCACUGGAAUACAUUUGUUAAACACUCAUCUGCAGGGACACUGGGUGUUAUUGGCAGUGACUGUUCUACAUUGAGGCUUUGUUUGGUUUAUUUAUUAAAGUGUACAGUAUUUAAAAAAUCAAACAUAGCUUUAGUUAAAACACUAAGCUGAAUUAGUCGUGUCCAUUCAGACAUAACCUGAACUACUGAAAAGAUCAAUUUCCAGAAGGUUUAUUCUGUAUAAACUACAUGUUAGUCUUCAGUAGAGUAUCUUUUCUUUUUCCUCCCUUUUUUCUUUUUCUUUUUUUUUUUCUUUUUGGUUUUGAUUGUUUGAUGUGCAAUAUGUUUUUGUAUGCAGGUAGUAAAUAAACUUUUGAUCUUCCAUUUGCUGAUUUUUAACUUUCUACUUUUUAAACCAACUGUUGAAAAGUAGUUGGACCUACCUAAAGGCCUAGAGUAGUAUUCUGAUUGCUUUUUAAGAUGCAUUUAUACUUGUUCAUAAAUAGUAUUAAAAUAUUAGUUGGUCAUUUUGUAAUGAAUCCUCUGAAGUCUUAGUACUUAAAAAGUUAGUAUGUUAGAAUAGAAUGGUUUAGGGAAUUGGUCUCAGAGAUUUGAUAUUAGGAAAGUCUUUGUAACAAAAUUCUAGUCAUAGGCAACUUUUGGAAGGCAUUGGGGUAAAAUCCAGAAUUUUACUUUUGCCUUUGAGUCUUCGUUAUUUUUAUAAAGUAUAAUGAACAGUUUUUAAAUAAGGAAUGUCACUGAUUUUUGGUUUUCAAGGUAAUAAUUUUAAAGGUUCUCAUAUUGAUUGGAUUUUUUGUAAAUAUUUUGUCCAGAUGGCUUAAUGUUAGGACUAUACAAACUUUUACACAAAGUAAAAGUUUGCAAGCUGAUAAUAAUUGUGAAUUUGUGGGAGGGUUUUGCUCCACAAUAUUAUAUAAAGACUACUGAGCAAGAAGAGGGAGCCCUUUUGUUCACUUGGGAUCUGAGAAGUAUUUUUAUGUGCAUAAAAAAACCCAGUGAUUUUACAACUGAAGGAUAAUUCAGGGUGUAGCUAAAGAUAUUUGCUAGGUCAGUGUAUAUAAACCUUAGCCCUCAAAUUUAUUACUGGUGAGGUUAAGUUGUGAUAAUAUCAAAUACUUUUUCCUAAAACCCUAAUAAUGGAAAAUUUUAAAGUAAGGUGUAGUGUUAACAGUGCAGUCUUUGGACUUUAAAAACCACAUUUUUGGCUUUAUUAUUAUUCUGUUUAAUAGUAGAAUUAUAAAUUAACUAUAAGGUAUGGGAAUUUUCAGUAAUCUCCAAAUUGGUAAAUAUGGCAAAAAGAAAAUGAUUUUUCAUUUUCUUCCAGGUAGUAGAAUAUAUUCAUGAAAAUCCUCCUUGUUCUGUAAAGACUGGUUCAAUGAGAAAGGAAGAAACACAAAAUCAUUUUAAAAGUGGGGUUAGCCCAAGGAGUUUUUAGAACUGACAGCCAUAUUCUAGGAUAUAAAUAUUAAGAUUUCAUUUUUUACAAAUGACUAAUCCCAAUAUCCUUUAAGAAUACAUACUAUAGCAUCAUGAUAGGCUUUUUUUUAAUAGCAUAUGCUCAGAUUUAGAAGUGAAAAGCCCAGUCCCCAAAGGUAACUAUUCUUUAUAGAGGUAGCCUUCCAAACUUUGAGAGAGGUGCAUCUUUUUUGGCUUAUUAGUUACAUAAAAUGUUGCUGUGGGAGAACUUGCCAGCUGCCAUGACCUCAUCCCAUCCCCCUCCAAUUCUAAAGGUUCUCUGCAGGUUAAAUACUGUUUUAGCAUAUAUAUACAAAAUUAUAUAUGAUAUCUGAACUAAAAUACAAAUUAAGAGGUGAGAUUACAUGGGGGUAAAAAUGAUCAUUUCCUGAAACUUGGGAUGCCUUAGGCCUAAAACUGUUUUGCAAAAUGGUAUUGGAAUCUGUUGACAGGUCAGUCAUUGUUGGUAAAAUUAUAGUAGGGAUACAUAAAACUCUAAAGUAGUUACUAUAUUUUGAUGUGAAGGUGAGAGAAAGAAUAUCAAAGUAGUGAGUUCAAACCACUGAGACACUGCUUAGGACAAGGCUGAGGGAGAUUGCUUAAGUAAAUACUCUUUAAAAAGCAAGUAUAGAUAUAUACAGGUAAGCAAAAAAAUUAAACAGGGAAACACUAAAGCUGGUGUUCUACUCUCUUUUCCUGGUCAGCCAUUCUUUCAUGGCUAGGAUCCAUCACCUUGGAAGUAUUUUUGUAGCUACUGUUUGCUAUAAGUUUGGUGUUUAACCUGAGAAUGGUCUGCAAAGUUGGUAUGUUAAUUUAAUAUUGCUGUAAACAGAUUGAUUUGAGGUUGAAACCAACUAGUCAGUAUUCUUAUAGGCUGUGUCUAUAGUGAGCUUAGUUAACUAAAGACAGGUGGAUGGAAAAUUAGUUAUAUAAUGCAGUAAAUCCUACAUCAGAUGAUUGAUGGUUAUUGGAAACGAGUAAAGGAAAAUUCCUUGUUUUCUAAGUUUCCAGGAACUUUGAUUUGAACUGGAUCUAUGGGUUUAGCAAUAUUCCAGAAGGUAGCAAGUAAAGUGUUCAUUGUAAAGUCUCAUUCAGUCUUCCUAUCUUUGCUAUUUACAGUUUGGAUCCCUUGUACCCUUUAUAAGGAUAUCUGAUAUAGUGAAUUUGCUGACCCCUUAUUUUUAAGUUUUAGUUUAUUAAGGAUGCUUGAAUGUGUAAUAGUCAUUAUAACCCAUGAUUAACCUAUGAUAACAUUUGGGUUUAAUUUCAGAGGACUGUUGGAAUAAAACAAUAACUGCAGUCUGCUAUAGUAAAACUUUUUGCAAGUGGUGGUAAUUUGAAACUGUAUUCAGCUGCUAGUUGAAAAUUUUGGUUAUGCUGAAACAUAGGAAAUUGCCAAGAGCUGAUCACUUCUAACCCACAAAAGUGACAGUUUCUUAUGGUUCAGCCUAAUAAUAAUACAUUUUAAGGUAUAAUCAUUUACUCUGGACAUCCAAGCAGUGAAUCUUUUCUGAGUCUAAUCAUCCAGAAAACCCCUAAUUACUGGAUGAGGGAGGUGCAUACUCUAUAAGGGAGAUACAAUUUUGUAAAAAAUGGUUUAUCAGUGGAUCACUUUAGAUUCAGAUUCAUCUGUAUCUUCUAUAUUAAUGUUUCAGGUACUGAAGUACAGAAUUGGGAGUGACUCUCUUAGUUGUACUACCCUUUCCUAUAUUCUGUUUUAUCCAACUAGAUCCUAUAAGGGCCUUUCUAAUAUAACUUGGUUCUAGUCAAAUGUCAGAUACUGUGUGACACUUAACUAUAGUCCUAUGUACUCUAAAAGAGUAUGCUGAAUUAAAAUGUGUUUGGUUUUAUAUAUGUAUCCCAGGCAUUUCCAGCUAUGUUGUAUACAAUCUAAAAAUAAAGGGCAAAAUUAUUUUUUACCAAUA